AUGGACACAUUAUUAACUGCCGAGAUCGCGGCCAACGCCCCGCGGUACCGCCGCAAGAGUUCUACCUUUAUUGACGGUAUUCAUGAUGUGACAGAAAAUGACAACAUGGCACCCGCCCAGCUGUACAGUACCAUGUCCGGCAGGCUGUUUCACUCGGGGCGCAUUGCCAUCGUCAUGGUUGGGCCCCCGGCUCGCGGCAAGACGCACAUCUGUGUCUCUUUGGCGCGAUACUUGCAGUGGCUCGGCGUCAAGACGCGCAUCUUUCAUCUUGGGGACUACCGGCGGGCUACUAUUGGCCCAGAAGGUGCGGUCCCCGAGGACUACUUCUUCCCCGAUGCAUCUCCAUCAUCCGUUAUUCUGCGUCAGAAAAUUUUGAAGAAGUGCCGGGAAGACAUUUACGCCUGGCUGAAUCAUGAAAAUGGCCAAGUGGCAAUCUAUGAUGCCGUGAACCCAACGGCUAGCGGUCGCCGAUCUCUUGCCAAGGAGCUGGGCAAACACGAUGUUCAGACGCUGUUUAUUGAAUCAUUUGUAGACGAUGAGCGUAUUCUCCGUGAGAACGCUAGAAAUGUCAAAAUUUCAUCUCCAGACUUCGCGGGGAUGGACCCCGAUGAGGCCGCCAAACUGUACCUCAAAAGAAUCGAAAUGAGAAUCCCCGUAUUCGAAACCAUGAAUGAAGCAGAGCUCAACUACAUUAAAAUGAUCAACGCCGGCGCAAAGUUCUUCUACAACAACGUCAGCUUCAACUACCUCUCCCACAGGAUCGUCUUCUACCUCACCAACCUUCACAUCAAAUCAAGAACCACCUUCUUCGUCCGCGCCGGCACCACGGAGGAAGAGGAUUCCUACAAGGCGGACGCACCGCUAUGUGAACUGGGCAAAACAUAUGCACAGAGAAUGUCCGAGACGCUCCUCAAGCACCGCCAACAAGAACACGCGGAGCGCAUGGAGAAGAGCGAGGGCCAGCAGACCCCCCUGAGACCGCUCACCGUGUGGACGUCUACGCGAAUGAGAACGGUCCAGACGGCUGAUUACCUCAAAGACAAGGGCUACAAGGUUCGCCUGCGCUCGCAGAUGAGCCAGAUCAACCCCGGUGUUUGUGAGAACAUGCCGGAGCAUAUGAUUCGCAAGAUUUAUCCCGAGGAAGCUGAGAAGCGUGAUCUGGACCCAUAUCACCACAGAUAUCCUCGAGCAGAGUCCUACCAUGACCUAGCCGUACGUCUGGAGCCAAUCAUCCUCGAGCUCGAGCGCGAACAAAACGACCUGCUCAUUAUCGCGCACGAAUCCGUCCUCCGCGUCCUCUACGCCUAUCUCAUGCACUGUUCCACGAUGGAAAUUCCCAACCUCAAGUUUCCCCGCGACGAGAUCAUUGAGAUCAUUCCCGCUGCGUACCAAAAUGAGGCCAAACGUAUCCAUAUUCCCGGCCUCGAUCCCAAAUUGCUGCCUGGAUCACCGGAUAUCGUGCAGUCUCCGGUGCAAGGCAUCAGCAUCCCGGCGAGUGGAGCAGGCAGCAUCCCCGGCAGUGGUCAGAUGAGUCCCAUUGCAGGCGGUAUGAGCACUCCCUCUAUGCCGUUGGAGCGGCCACCUGAGAAGGUGAUUAAUACGGCCAAGGACAUGGUGGCAGACAAGGUGGACGAUGAGGAUUGA